GAUCAAGCAGAAAUCAAUAAAACAAUUAUCCCCCAAAACCCUAUUCUGAUCUCUCUCAACCUCGUCUGUCCUUCUUCCUCAAAGGCCUCGGCCGUUCUUCCCCAAAUCCCCAAUUCUUCUCCUAAUCCCUAAUUUCUCUUCUCAAAUCCCUAAAUCCCCAAUUCUGUUCUAUAAACCCUAAAUCCCCGAUCUCUAAAUCUGAUCUAGAAACCCGUUAGAAACUUUGUUUCUAACAUCUGGUAUCAGAGCCUGGUUCCGUAAGACGAGUUUAUCACAACUCUCUCAGGGACGAGCUUCCUACCAGAUCAAAUACAGAUGCGUUCAACAGAUAUAUCAGGGCUGUCAUGGGCUCAAAAGCAGGAACUAAUGUGGCAGAUCGUCGAUUAUUGGAAAUCGUAUGCAUUGCAACAUGAGAAGGCAGACGAAGCGACGGAGAGGCAGCCGCUAACCGCAGGUGCUGGCGGACCUGACGAGCAGCCGUCUACGACAACUGCCGCUACGAACGACGACGUCAAGGUGAGCCACGUGGGCGGGGAGCAGACGCCGACAAUUCCUCUGCAUUCCGUUCCGAGACUGCACCGAUACAACAAUCACCACCAGCACCAGCAACUCAAAUCACCACCGCCGCUGCCACAAUCAUGGACCAGCACUACUCCUCAGCGAUCGACAUUAUAGGGAUCGAAGAAGCAGCUAAUUGCUUCUCCCCGAAAGCAUCCCCGAUAAAUCCACGACUGAUGG